CUCGCUCAGCGCCGCCGCCGGCCUGCCCGGGGGAUCCCUCCGCGACGAGAGCUGCUCCCGAGUCCUCGGGCACGUCUUCCCGCCUUUUGCGGUAAUGUCCCCGGUGCCGGUGUUUCAUUCUGUAUCGUAACGUGCCGGCAGACGGUAUCUUCCCGCUCUUCGCGUCUCGACGGAAGCUCGGCCGGGUCUGAAGUUGAGGCUUAGAUUGGAUAUUAGGAAGAAUUUCUUUACUCGAAGAGUGAUCAGGCACUGGAAAAGCUUGCCCAGGGAGGUGGUGGAGCCACCAUCCUUGGAUGUAUUCGAGAAACGUGUAGAUGAGGAACUUUAGGCCAUGCUCUAGUGGCCGAGAUUGUAGGUUGGGUGUGGGCUUGUUUGGUUUGGGUGUUUUUUGGGGUGGGUUUUUUUUUGUUGUUGGUUUGGUUUUUUUUGUUUUGUUUUUCUGUUGGACUCGGUGAUCUCAGAGGUCCUUUCCAAUCAUGACUAUUUUGUAAUUGAGCCCCAGUGACCGUGACAAGACUCCAUCCUGUCAACUCUGUCUGCUGCUUCUUUCUGGGUUGUGCAGUAAGUGAUGCAGGUUUUCCUGAGUAUGGCUCUUUGUGGUGAAUGUUAUUAGCUGUGAGCAUAGUAAUUCUUUAAUGAAUUAAGUGUCCUGUAAGAGCAGACCUGAGGGCUUUUUCUCCCAUGGACUCGGGAGAACUCAAGUUGCAGAGAAGCUGACUGAGUUCAGAGAGCUGUGGAAAUUGGCAGUGGAAGAUGGUUUUCUUAGAAUCAGAGGUAUUAUCUUUGUCUCUUUCUUUUAUUUCUCUCUCCUUUUUUUUUUUUUUUUUUUUUACAUAACAUUUGGCCAAAAUAAGGCCAUCUCUUGCUGUGGGUGCUUUUCAUGUUGGAAACCAAUGCGAUUCUCCAUGCAAACAGCUGUUUCUCCCUUUUUCCUUAAUCCUAAGAAAAUGCAGACGGGGUCAGAACAGAAUGUAUUUGUUGCUUUGUCCACCUUUAGGAAAUACUAGAUAGUUUGAACUGCUGAUAUUCAGCUGACCUGGAUCCCCUGUGCAUAGUAGGGGAAUAGAAAUAGAUGCAAUGUAUAGAAACAGAAAAUACCUGUCCUGUUGUCAAAUUGCAUGAUGCUUUUAGCUUAAGUCCCUGAAGUUUCAGAGCUACCCGCUAACUUCUCAACUUCAGUAAUAUCUAUUAUAUAUAAAAAUUACAUAAUCUCCAAACCUUCCAGCUACUGAAGUUCGUGCUUGCUCCUAUUUUCCCCUUUUAUCUUCUCCAGGCCCCAGUCCUGCAAAAGCUUCCUAUUCAUAAUAAUCUCUGUACCCUGAGUAAGAGUACUAAUUUAAUUAUCUCACUAAGUAUUAGCCAUAUGCUCUUAUGAUGUCCCCCUCCCCACUCUCCCCCUCAAAAAAAAAAAAACAAACAAAAAAUCCUCCAAACAAAUAGUUUUAAAUGUGUUUGCAGAACUGUGAAAAUUUGCAAAGUGAACUUGCAGAAGACAGGUUCUAGACUACUCCUCUUAUAUUCACUGUAUCUAAUUGCUUCUGGGUACUAAAAGUUUGUGAAUGCAGAAAAACUCAUAAAAUAUAGAAAAAUAGUACUUGCUAAUGGUGCUCAGAUUGGUGAGUGAAUGCUGUUAACUGUCAGUCAGUUUUGAUACUGAUUUAAGUUUUGAAUUUUCCUUUUGCAAGACAAAUUCUAAAGAAGUACACAAAUCUCUCAGCUUUUUCCUUGCCUUGUACACCAUUUUAUAUACAGCAGGCAUGUAUAAUUCCCAAAGCACACCUAAAUUUAUUUGUCAGUGUAAUUUCAUGCCCAUUUAAAAUUUUUUUUCAACAGCUGCAAAUAAUGUAUUCUUCUGGGAAAUAUAUAAUAAUUUAAUUAAUUUUGCUUUUCAGAUUUAAUGUAUUUUUACAUUAAAUAUAUUUGUAAGAAUCUGAAAUAGAAUGCAACAAUACAAAAUACAGAAGACUUUUACUGUAACAUUGGAAUUUGAAGUCAUGGUUUAAAUGAGGAACUCCACAAGUUUCUGAGGAGUGUUCCAUUAGGGAGAGACAUUUUAAAAAUAUUUCCCUCAGUCCAGUUCAUUUAAGACAGACUGAAUGCCAGACCAGUUGUCCUGGAGCAAAUGAAAGGCUGAGGAAACAAUAGUUGAGCAAGUCAGGAAGAUAGAGGAGAUUAUUUAUUUCUCUAGACCUGUUUUUUGUCCUUUUUGGAUUCCUUCCUCUCGUACAAGAGUAGGUUUCAUUGUCUUCAGGCCUGCAGCUUUAAAUUUUUCAUCCUGUCAGGGUUACUGCCUCUGAACAGGUAGUUGCAUUGUUUGACACAGACAAGCUCUAACCUUUCUUGAGCAAAUGCAAAGCAUUUGCAGGACUUCAGUGUUCCCGCUCUUCAACAGAGAAUCAGCCAUUUCUUUGCAGCUUCUUACUAAAGUGUUGUUUUGUGUCCUCCCUUUCGUUCUUGACAAAGGUAACUUUGGCUCCCACUGGAGAUACUUCUCAGGUGGUGUCUUAGUACUGCACGGCACCUCUCUUACAUGCGGGUCCAAAAAGGACUUUACAUGCCUCUUCCUUCCAGCAUCAGAGGAAAAAGUUUACAGUGUUUUGGUGGGAGUGCUCAGCUUCAAGACUUCCCUUUGUUCUUCACAACUUGAAGGGAUAUGAAGCCAAUUGGAAAAGUGCUUUGUGCUACAGGGAUCAUAGCUGUGCACCUAGCUUUCUUCUGGAAAGACUCUUUUAACCCAGAGAGGUUGUCUGGUGCCCGGGUUCUCCUGACUGGAGCCAGUGCUGGGAUUGGAGGGCAGAUGGCAUAUCACUAUGCCAGAUUUGGUGCUGAAAUUGUUUUCACUGCUAGGAGGGAAGCUGUGCUGCAGAAGGUGGUGGAGAAAUGCCUGACACUGGGAGCAAAGAAAAUAUUUUAUAUCCCUGCAGAUACGUCUUUCCCUUCAGAGCCUGAGAAAGCGGUUCAAUUUGCUGUUCAAAAGCUGGGGGGACUGGAUUACCUGGUGUUGAACCACAUUGGUGUGACUAGUUUCCAGAUGUGGGAUGGGGAUAUGGAAUACACCCACCGGCUCAUGCAGGUGAAUUUCUUCAGUUAUGUGUCACUUGCAACAGCAGCCCUUCCCACCCUGAAGAAGAAUAAAGGCUCUCUGGUGGUUGUUUCUUCCCUCACAGGGAAAAUACCCACUCCCUUCACCACUUCUUAUUCUGCCACCAAGUUUGCACUGGAUGGAUUCUUCAGCUCACUGCGCCAUGAACUCAUCGUGCAGAAGAGAAAUGUCUCUAUUACACUGUGUAUCCUGGGCCUGAUUGAUACUGAUAGCGCAUUAGAGAAUACCAGGGGCAAAGUGCACCUAACUGCUUCUUCUGCUCCUGACGCUGCACUCGCCAUCAUCCAGGGGGGUGCCACACACAUGCAGGAGGUUUUCUACCCAUGGUGGCUUCAGCAUGUGUGCUGCCUCUGGGUUCUGUUCCCCAAAAACAGGGACCAGGUUUUACAGAGUUACUAUAAUUACAGCAGACCUUAAGAGAUGCCUAGUCUUAGUCUCCUCCUCGCAUCCUACAUCCCUUCUAAUCACAUUAUCCCCAUUCCACUAAUUAUCCCAUUCAACCAUUGGUGUCAAGCAGGAGCAGAGUAGCAGUGGUGGCAAAGUAACCUUACCUCUUUUCAGGAGAAUCUUUUGGUCUCUCUCUCCCAUCCUGCUUUAGUCACAGUUGAUAUUUCUACCUGUCAGUCAGAGCUCUUUCCCACUGUUCACUGUCUUAGCCCUCCACCCAUCUUCCCUCCUUCAGCCUCACCUGUCUGCUUUUACUGCAGCAUCUUCUUUCAGCUCUGGCUGUGUCUAUAUAGAAUAUCCUGGAAUGUCUGCUCCACUGCUUCAUUAUUUUGUGGAUUCUGUGAAUGUUCUUGCUUCCUAUAAAUGGAAUUUUAAUCUCUAUUUUAAUUAAACUUUUUUAAUGUG